GUCCCGGUGCCGCUGUGGCCGUGUCCCGGUGCCGCUGUGGCCGUGUCCCGGUGCCGCGGUCCCGUUCAAGGCCCAGCCCGGGGCGGUCUCCGCGGGCUCCGGUCCCGCCCCUGGCCUUGCACGUGCGGCGGGCGCCACUCGGAUUGGCUGCGCGGUGUCACGUGUCCAUCAGCUGACCCGCGGCCGUAGCAGCGAUUGGCGGAGCGGGGGGCGGGGCCCCGGGAGCAGCGGUGCCGCCAUGUCCGCCGGGCCGGGCCGGGCCGGGCCCCGCCGCUCCCCCCAGGGCCUCGACCUCGAUGCGGAGCGAGAGAAGAUCCGCCGGGAGAUCGAGCAGCUGGAGCGCAGCCUGCAGCCCGGCGGGGCCGACAUCCAGCUGUCCGGCUCCAGCCUCAGCUCCGCAGAUGAUGAUGAUGAAGAAGAUGAUGAUGAAGAUUCUCAUGCUGAAAUGGAAGUGGAAAUAGGAGAAGACAGCAGUGAUGAUGAUGAUGAAGAUGAUAUUGAAAGCCUGCCCCAGGAUCCAGAAACCUGCCUGCAGAUGAACCAUGUGUACCAGGAAGUUAUCAAGGAAAAGAUUGAGGAAGUGGAGCUGCUCAUAGCACAAAACAAAGAAGAGCAGAAGGAAAUCAUGUGGGAGCUUGAAGGUACAAAAACAGCCAAGGCAGGAGAUGGCAGAAAUCUACCAGCAAAUGUGUUUUUGGGUCAUUUCAUGAAGCCAUACUUUAAGGAUAAAGUAACAGGAGUUGGCCCUCCUUCCAAUGAAGAUGCCAAGGAAAAGGCAGCUCAGGGCAUAAAAUCCUUUGAACAGCUGCAUUCAACCAAGUGGAAAACUGGAGAGAAGAUACUGCUGCAGAAAUCUGUGGUGAGCGACCGCCUGCAGCGCCUGCUCCAGCCCAAGCUGCUCAAGUUGAGUUAUUGGAAUCAGAAACUGGAGAAAGUCAAGACUGAAACAGAAAAACAGAUCUUGGAAAAGCAAAUCAAGGACUUGGAGCGAGAAAUAGAGGCAAUAAACCAACUCCCAGAAAGUGACUUAAUAGGAAACAGAUUUGAUGAGCAUGACUGGGACAAAAUUUCAAACAUCCAUUUUGAUGGACAACGUAGCUCAGAAGAGCUGAAGAAGUUUUGGCAAAAUUGGGAGCAUCCAAGCAUCAACAAAAAGGAAUGGACUGAGGAGGAAAUAGAGAAGCUGAAGCAGAUAGCUGCUAAACACAACUACCUGGACUGGCAGACCAUUGCCCAGGAGCUGGGGACAAACAGGACACCUUUCCAGUGCUUGCAGAAAUACCAAAUCUAUAACAAAGAUUUAAAAAGGAAAGAAUGGACCAAGCAUGAAGAUGAGAUGCUUUUAGAGCUUGUUCAAGAGAUGAGAGUGGGAAGCCAUAUCCCAUACAAGAAAAUUGCUUAUUACAUGGAAGGAAGAGAUUCUGCUCAGCUAAUUUACCGCUGGACGAAGAGUGUGGACCCCAGCUUGAAGAAAGGACCCUGGACACCAGAGGAAGAUGCUAUGCUGAUGGCUGCAGUUAAGAAGUAUGGGGAGAAGGACUGGUACAAAAUCCGGACAGAAGUGCCAGGCAGGAGCGACGCCCAGUGCCGGGGCCGGUAUUUAAAAGCUUUGCACUGGGAUGUAAAGAAAGGCAGGUGGAGUUUGGAGGAAGAGGAGAAGCUGAUUGAACUCGUUCAAAAGCAUGGCCUGGGUCAUUGGAGUAAAAUAGCUUCAGAGCUGCCACAUCGGACUAGCUCCCAAUGCCUGAGCAAGUGGAAAAUCAUAAUUGGCUCUAAGAGGAAAAGAUCUAGGGGGACCAAACGACGCAAUGGUGAGGAGAGCUCCAGCCUGUCAGAGAGCAGCAGUGAGGACAUGGAGCUGGACCUGACAGACUGCUCAGAGGAGGAGGUGACCAGAACCACCAGGAAGGAGUGUGCAAUCCCCAGCAUUGACCUGUGGAUACCAACAGGGACAGACAUGCAGGAGGCAGCCAGAGAGAGAUAUCAAAUCCAAUCCCUCCUCUCUGCUGCCAGGGCUGGCGCAGGGAGCAGCUGCAGUGACAUUCCAAGGGCAGGAUGUGAUGGAGACAAAGCUGUUGAUAAAUCAUGUGAGCUGAACACCCUGCUGAGGGGCAUUGCACAGCCCCAUUCCACAGAUGUGCUGGUGAAGAAUGCAGAAGAAGUGAUAGCCAAGGCUUCCCAGUGUGGAAAAGAAGUGCUGCAGGUUAGCCUGGAGGAUGUGAGAACAAUAUUAAGGAGUAACACGAGAUUCCAAAGGAAACUGAUACUAAAACCUCCUGCCAGCCUGUUAGCCAAGCCCCCUGGAGUGGGUGCAGAUGCUGAUCAGGAUGUCCAGGAGCUGCCAGAGAGAGUUCGGUACCAGGUCAGGGAGCACUGGAAGAGGCUGAGCCUGGACAGGAAGCUGCUGAUGGCAGUGACCCCUUGGGUGGGCAAUGUGCUGCUGCCCUGCACCUUGCAGGCUGGGAGGAGAAAAGCUGCUGCUAUUCACAACAAUAAGUCAGUUGGUCUCACCAGCACUCCCCUGUUUGCACUGCUCAUUCAGCUCUUCCAGAUUGACACCAAAGGCUGUAUGAAGGUUAUUAAGGAGAGGAGGCUGAGGCAGUUGGAGCUACAUAAGGCUAAUGCAAGAAACCCUCAGCAGGCUUCCCAAAAUAUGGAGACUUCUUCAGGCAACUCAUCCCAAGCUUGUUCUCAGAGGAAUUCCCAGCAGGGCAAUCCGAAGGGUGCUGUCAGGAGACAAUCUGCUGUGAGAGCAAGGGACACUCCCACUGAUGCCUGGGAGAGCUGUGCCCCAGCUGGGCAGGGAGUUCCCCCAGCCCAGUGGCAAAGGCAGAAGCCUAAAACUGUCUCACAAUUGCUGUGGGAGAAGCGUUUAAAGGAGUCCCAGGCCAAGAACGUCAUGCAGAGGACGGUGCUGCUUGCCCCACAGCAGAGGCCAGCCAGCCUGCUGCCUGCUCUUGUCACUCCACAGGCUGCUUCUCCCGGGCUUCCCAACAGCAUCCUGCCCUUCAGGUGGGUUGUGACCGCCCAGGCUCUGUUCCCCUGCGAUGUGCAGGCUGUGGUGGGUGUUCCCCAGGUAAUGCCAGCUGCUGCUGGGAGAAAUCAGUGUCAGACAACUGUGAUUUCCAAUGGCAAUGUCUGUGCUUUGGGAGAGACUCCUGUACCAGCUGGAGCAAAUCUGCCUCACCCCAGCAGUGCAGAGACAAAAGGACCAAGUUCCCAGCUGAAAGGAGUUCCUUUGGGAAAGGCAGCUGACCAGUGCACAGUUCUCUUACCUGUGGCCUCAGGGAGUCCUGGAUGCACCACGUCCAGCGUUUCUGCUGUAACCCCUGUGUGUUCAGGUGGCUCCUCCAUGGCUCCAGACUCCUUUGCAGCUCCAGCUGCCAGCCCAGUCCUGUGUGCCGUGGUGCUGCCCCAGACAAAGCUCCCUGCCAGCACUCAGGGCUCUGUUUCCCAGCCUGUGCCCAGUCUCACCAGCUUGGGAAGGAGCAGUGACUCCAUCACAACAAACAGGUCAUCCUUCAACCCAGACAGCAUCAGGAAACAGGCUGUGCUCUGUCCAGGAGCUGCAACUCCUCACAGCAAUGUCCCAGGGAGCUCUGGUUGCUCUCGUGCCCAGGCACUGAGGAACAGACCCAUUGCCUCCAAACCACCGAGUGCUGACGCCCCCCCUCAACCAAGCACUUCAAAUGCAGAGAAGAAUCUCCUUGACUACAGCCUGAUCUCCCUGGAGGAUGAGGGGCUGGUGAAGGAAUGGCUGAGUGGGAAACAAGGUGUUCAGGUGCCAUCACUGCAGACCAGGCUGCCUUAUCUGCCACCUUUCCUCUGCAGUAUAAAAACCCUCUCAAAGCUCCUUGUGCAGAAAGCAGCUCUGGAAGAGCAAGCAGCCUCUCUCCUGCCCUCUGAAGCCAGUGGGGAUGGGAGCACUGGGGAUGUUUUCCAUGCUAUUGGAGAACUGGUGGAGCAGAAACUGGGUGAUAACCCUGCUUACCUCCUGCUGAAAGCCAGAUUCCUGGCAGCCUUCACACUCCCAGCUGUCCUGGCAACUCUUCCUCCUCCCAAAGUGACAACAACUCUGUCAGCCAGCGUGAAGCAACAUGAGGAGAGUGAUGACGAGUGGCAGAGUGAGAAAGAAGUGUCUGAGGAAGAGAGUUGUGGGAAAAAAUUAACAGGAGUACGAGAGGACUGGAGACUUAAGGAUGAGCCUGGAGACAAAAAUGCUGAUUUACUAAAUCAGGGCAUGAGGGCUGAGGAGAGCCCUGCUCAGUCUGCCCUGGGCUCCUGCACUGAUGUGGAUGAUGCCAGAGCUCCCCAGCUCAGGAGAAGUACCCGCCUCAGGAAGAGGAGGAGAAGGAUAUGAGAAGGAAAUGUGUCAGUAGCUCCUCAGUGGGGUCACUGGAGUGAGCUCUGCCUGCAUGGCAGAAGGAGAUAAUCUUUGCAUUGUUCACUUUUACCACCUCCAAUGCUUACUUGAUGGACCUGGGGAAGAGGAAAAUGCUGGAUUGAUUUUCCCAUCCCUCAACAAAAUCUGCAUCUGUAGGCAAGGUGUAAAAAUGAAGGAAAUUGUCUGGAGGGAAAUCUUUCAGGCACAGACUUCUGCUCUUUCAAACUCCCACCUGCCAUAGAUGCUGAGGGGGAACAUUGCUUGAAAUCCGGGGAAACGAGUAAUGGUGGUUAUUUAUUUCCUUCUUGUGUUAGCCCCUAUUUAUGUGAAUGUUUAUCCCUGUUCAGAAUAUGUUAAUUGGGUGUUUUUUAGUGCUGUGGCAGUGGCUUUGCUUGGUAACUGACUGAAUACUGUGGAAUAAGCAGCACAUUAAUUUUGUAUCAAAAUGACUCUUUAAGUAUUUGUUGAAAUACAGAUGUUUUAUUUUUCUCACUU